AUGGCGGUCCUCACGAGCAGAAGCGUGAAAGACGACCUUGAGGACUUGAACGACACGAGGAAAGUGAUCGAGAAUGCGGAAUACCGUGCCCGUCUCGAUCACAAGAGGACCGAUUCGAAGCAAAAUUUGAAAAAUAGCCGGGAGUAUGCCCAAGCUCUGCAUCGCGAGGCGGAUCAAUUGUAUCGCAGCGGUGAUUACGAAUCAGCGUUGGUGCUUUACCAUAGAGCGGCCAACUUGUACCCAAAGGACAGUAACCACGGUGUCGCGGCGAGGAGGACGGCGGCGACGAUAAGCUCUUGCAAUAAUCCGUCGAAAGCCGUGAGGAAAGUUUCGCCGAUCUCCGGGGAACAAUUGACCGCCGCCCUCUGCCCGGAAACCGCCGCCAUCAUAUUACUUCGACAAUCACAAGAGCUACUGGAAAACUCAACCCUCGCCCCGGAUGUCGAGCAACCAGCUGGCAAGAUCGAAAAUGGCGCACAAACAGAUGAACAAUCUGGCCGAGACUUCGUUGAAGAAUCUCCAAGCGUCGUUCGAGUCUGGCAAGAUGUCGUCCGCGUUGAAGAUCGCCCAGGACCUGCUGCUUGUUUCGGAGGUUUCCAGGAUCCUACCCGUUACCAGAUAGCGGCCUACCAUUACCUGUCCCUGAUCCACGUCGCUCUGAGAAGGCACGAUCGCGCUGUGUGCAGCGUGUCCCGUUUGAUCCGUCUUUCGAAGAGCACCGCGGACGUGAAUCUGAUCUGUCGCUCGUUGGUCACGUUGGGCAAGGUGCAUCUCAGCUUCGGCCACCUCGAGGCGGCCGCUAAAGCGUGGGAGCAUCUUGCCAAGGAUCUGAAGAAACCGAUCCCGGUGGCUUGGAUCAGGCACGAGAUUGGAAGAUGCUAUUUGGAGACCGGCAAGUACGAGAGGGCGAUGGAGAUGGGUUUCAAGUGCGUGGACGCUGCCACCAAAGGCAAUUCUAAGAAGUGGAUGCUGAAUGGAAGAUUGUUGAUAGGUCAAAGCUUAGCAAAAUUAGGAAGAUUCGUGGAAUCGUUGGAGGAGCUGCAGGUGGCAGCGAAGAUCACCGAGGAGGAGGGCGACACUCCGAUGAUGUCGUACAUACGCGAUCUCAUCGACCAGGUGGCGCACGCACUCCGCAUGAUCCCGUUCGAGAACGGAAGCUACGAGAUCGUCGCCUCGGCGAUGUCGCAGGACCAGGCAGCGGCGAGGCAGAACGUGAACCUGUUCGUGAGCGAGCAAACGGUGAUAACCACGGUCUUCUCCCAGAGGAAGGUGAUCACUGAGCGAAGGGAGGACGAGUCUGGGAACGAAAGGAUGGUCGAACUGGUCGACGAUCCGUUGACAACGCGGACAUACGCCCGUUCCGAUCUCGAGAAAGAAGAGGAAGUAGAAGAGGAAGAGGAGGAGGAGGAGGAGAUUGGUAACUCCACGUUCAGAGUGAAGAAAUCAUCGUCCUCGGAUCGAAAGGAGGAAAGAAUUUCAUCCUCGCCCUUCCAUAAAUCCUCCUCCAUGUCCUUCUUCCCCUCUUACUCGCCGAAAAUUAAGGAGGUGCGGGAGAAGAAAGGCCCCAGGGAGAGAGAGAAGAAGAUAGAGGAGAACGUGAGCACGUACGUGAUAGAGGAAGGAACCGUGUUGGGGAAAAGAGGGGAUUGUCGCGUGAGCGACAACGGGGAGAUGGAGGUGGAAGAGGUGGUGGGCGGUGUGGUGGCGAGGACGGCGGAAAGAAGAAACACAACGCCCGCCAAAUUGAGCGAGUUUGGCGAUAAGAUGGCGCAGAGAGGGGAUAUGCUGGACGCUUUGCGCGUGAUCGAGGAGCUGGGCGAGAAGAACGAGGUGGAAUUGUUGGAGAUGCUGAAGGAGAUGCUGUUCUCGACCGAUAAUGAUAAUAAAGGCAGGCAAGGAGAUUUCGGCGAUUCGGGGGGGGAUGGAUUCCGGAAUCCGAGGUUGGAACAGGACAGGCAGAACACGAAUGGUCGCUCGAUCGUGACGAUCACGUUGCCUUCGAGCCCGCGCAAAUGUCACGCCAAUGGGGAUUUUAACGAUUAUGAUAUACCGUUGGAAUUUAAUUAA